UCAAAGAACAAAAGAAAGGCUUCGCAGCAGGUACACGAAAGUUUCCCGACAAGUACCCGAAAGAUUCCCGACAGGUGAAACGAGUGACAGGUACCAAACGGGACUUUCAACCAGACAUAUUGACAAAAAGAGUUCGUUUUAGCGCGGAAAUGGACUAAAAUUUAAAGAGCUUGGGGUUUUAUAGAUCAUUAUCGAUGGACCGAGGGUCCUUUUCAUCCCGUACAGCACGGUCCAUUAGUCGCCGAUCAACGUGGCCGUUCAUGCUCGCGGUGAUCGUCGGGAUAUCCAUAUUCUUCUAUACAAAUUUCCCAUGCAUUAACUGGGACAAACACAUAAGGCACCCUAUAGCACCAAGCAAUUAUGGCUCCAGGCCUGGCUACCUUAUUAACCAGUCGUUGCCAUGCCUACGUGACGCGUUCAAGGACAUCCUUCUUGUGAUUGUGUAUAACUAUCCUUACUACAAGAGUAUCAAACACUUUAAAGACUUCUAUAAACCUGCCUUUCCAAAUAUAGUGUUUUGCGGUCCGCUUGGCGACAAUAAGUUAUCUUCAGGCUUAGUCAUGACGGUGGAUGUUUACCGCGGAGUCCUGGGUUAUGAGUGUUUAGGAAAGGCAAUACGUCAGCAUCCGGGAUACGAGGGCUAUUUUUACAUAAAUGAUGAUGUUAUUCUCAAUUAUUGGAACUUUUAUGACUUUGAUAAAACUAGUAUUUGGCAGUCUCCGAAUGUAUUUUACUCGAYUGCGAUGUAUGGCGCCAUUGAUGACAAGUGGUAUUGGUGGAGAUCAAACUUUGGCCAAGCAAACUGUCGACAAGCAUAUGAACACCUUACCAAUAUAAGCUACGGUCAAGCAAAUCUAGGUCACCUAAAAGAAAACGGUAACGGGAGCCUGCGAUGCUUCAGUGGUCGUUCAGAUGUUCUGUAUUUACCUAAACAACAUGCACAAACAUUCGGCGUAUUAUCAUUCYUAUUUUACAACCAUCGAGUUUUCCUUGAAAUCGCAGUACCCACAAUGCUCAGAAUCAUCGAGAAACAAUCCAACAUUAAACAGUUACCAGGAUAUUACAUACCAGGAGACGUCAGGAAACAGGACAAACGAGUUACGGACAGCCGGUUUUUCUGGUUUAUAUACUUAACAAAGAAAGAUAAUUGGUUUAUCCACCCCUUUAAAUUACAUCAAGCUAAACUAGAUAGCAACUUUAACUUUAUCAUGUUAAGGUACUUUCUUAUUGAAAAGACAAAGUCUUUAACGACAUGUUCAAACAAUAUUACAACCAAARCAAAAGCAGCCUACCAAAAAUAAGCAAAUAAAAUACUGAAAUACAACCA